AUGAAAGACCUCUUGUCCAAGAAGAAGAAGCUCACUGAUAUUGAAACUAUUGCACUCAAAGAAGGCUAUAGUGAUAUUUUGACAAACAAGUUGCCACCUAAAUUGAAAGAUCCUGGGAGAUUUAUCAUCCCAUGUUCAAUUGGAAAUCAUUAUUUGGGCAAGACUUUAUGCGACUUGGGAGCUAGCAUUAACCUAAUGCCACUAUCUACUUUCAGAAAGUUGGGAAUUGGUUACAUGAAAUCUACUGUAGUGACAUUACAACCAGUUGAUCGAUCCUUGGCUCAACCUGAAAGGGAAAUCAAAGAUGUCUUAGUUCGUGUGGAUAAAUUCAUUUUUUCGGUUGAUUUUAUCAUACUUGACUGCGAGGCAAACAGGGAGGUUCCCAUAAUCUUGGGACGACCAUUUUUAGCCACCGGAAGAACUCUUAUUAAUGUUUAUAAAGGUGAACUAGCCAUGUGA